CUUGAGGUUGCUGACGGAUCAUGUUUUGAAGUGGAUAGAAGUAUAAAGUGUUAUUUUUGUGAUGAGUGUACGUGUUAUUUAUAAGAAUGCCAAUUCAGGCGCCUCAGUGGACGGACUACCUAACCUGUCCGGUGUGCUGCCGAGAGUUCGGUGCUCCGCCCCGGAGUCCUAUCAGCCUCAGCUGCGGCCACACCCUCUGUAGGCACUGUCUGAUUCACCUUCAUCGGAAACAAUGCCCCUUCGACCAGACGAUCAUACAAGUUGAACCCGAGGAGUUGGUUGUGAACACGGCGCUGCUUCAGCUGGCGGGCUAUGCGCCACCUUCGCAGCCGUAUCAGCCGCCUUGUAUCAAGGCUCUCCCGGAGUCGGACAGGCAGGCGUACGACACUGUUAUACGCACCAUGGAGGAACUUGCUGUAUUCUUGAAAUGCUCCGGAAACGCCAAUAUGAGUGGCAACGGGAAUCGACUUUCGAGGCCUAUGCAGAGGAAGCUGGUAACGCUGCUGCAGUGUUCGAUAACAGACGAGGAAGGUCGGGGCAGGGCCGCACGGGCAGCCAGGUCUCUUGGUGAACGGACGGUCACUGAACUCAUACUUCAACAUCAGAAUCCGCAGCAGCUAAGCGCCAACUUAUGGGCGGCAGUGAGGGCGCGUGGUUGCCAAUUCCUUGGUCCUGCUAUGCAGGAAGAGGUGUUAAAAUUGGUACUCCUCGCACUCGAAGACGGUUCCGCACUCUCCCGAAAGGUACUAGUGAUGUUUGUGGUUCAAAGACUGGAGCCGCAUUUUCCGCAGGCCUCAAAAACAAGCAUCGGGCAUGUAGUGCAGCUUCUGUACCGCGCCUCAUGUUUUAAGGUAUCGAAAAGGGAGUCAGAUUCGUCGCUCAUGCAACUCAAGGAGGAAUUCCGUACGUACGAUUCAUUGAGGCGCGAACACGACGCUCAGAUAGUUCAGAUCGCCACCGAAUCAGGUUUGAGAAUCGCACCCGAUCAGUGGAGUGCUUUGUUGUAUGGCGACACCGCGCAUAAGAGUCACAUGCAGAGCAUCAUAGAUAAAUUACAGACGCCUCAGUCAUUUGCCCAAUCGGUCCAAGAGCUGUUUGUCGCGCUGCAACGUACCGGAGACCCGGAACAACUGGUGACAAUGAGCAUGCAUCUCGAUAAACUCGCAAACAUCGACGCCAACGCCGAUGCUAAAAGCCCAACAUGGAAGCAAAUGGCCGAUGUGAUGACGUCAUUAAAGGAGGUUGUGAUCGGACUGAUCAAUUACAUUCAGCAACAAGCGGCCGGAAAAGACAUGAACCAAGGGCAAAAGGAUCUACGAAACGAACCAUCAACUAGUCAAUCAUCACCGCAAGCCCGUACGACACCGACACCUACCCAGGGGAGGUACAAGAUGGCUAUGUGUAAGGAUGUUCUGAGAUCAUUGUGUCCGAGGGGAAAUUCAUGCAUGUAUGCACAUUCUGAAGAGGAACUAGAAAGAUAUCGAGCGAUGAUGGCAAACAUAAAUGGACACUUUCAGUUCAUGCCCGGGAUAGUAGGAGUGCCCGCUCUCCAGCAUGGACUGACGCCGAUGCAACCUGGCUUGGCACCGAUCCUACCUGGUCAGCCAAUACACAUAAUUCCCAACAUGUAUAAUCAAUUCGCGAUGCCACAACACGUCGACCCCUCUGCUUUCGGUGCCCAGUCCAUGCAGGGAAUGCCGCCUCAAUCGAUGCAGUCGCAAGGAAUCCAACCACAAUCAAUGCAAUCCCAGGGAAUCCAACCGCAAUCGAUGCAACCCCAAGGAACCACACUGCAAUCUAUGCAAUCCCAAGGAAUGCAACCUCAAUCGAUGCAAUCUCAGGGAAUCCAGUCACAAUCGAUACAACCCCAAGGAGUCCAACCGCAAUCGAUGCAAUCCCAGAGUAUCCAACCACAAUCAAUGCAAGCCCAAGGAAUCCAAACGCAAUCGAUGCAACCCCAGGGACUGCAAUCGCAGCCACAGGGAUUACGGCCCGUGCAGGCUGCCUCUGUGGAAAUGCCCGAACUGAUUGACCUGCAACAAAAUCCGAAUUUCGUUCAACAAAAUAUGCCGUCGGGUCCGCGUCGCAUCUACGAUCUUAACUCUGGCAAUCCGAACUUUAACUUCGCCCAGCAGUAUCAGCACCCUGAGUAUCCGACUUCGGUGUAUGGGGUGCCGGAAGGAUCCAACCAAAUGUACAUGCCGACGGCUUCUAACCUCUACCCCUUCGAAGACGGAGCAGCGCCAAUCCAGUCCCCGAUCGACAUCCGUUCUGAAUUGCGAUCCGACAUCCGCGUGAACAUCCCGGCUCCGCAGUAUCCUUCGAUGCAUCACGUCCCGAGGACCGAAGUGACCUGGCCAGUUGGGCCGAUGCCCCCGAUAUCCCAGAUGUCUCAAGGACAACAAGUGCCCCCCGGCCCACAGGUGCCUGUUACCGAUGUAUACGCUUUCGAAAAUAUCCGUGAUGCUCUGCCAACUGUAGCUCGCAGCUCGGCCCCUCUAGACAGGCGUUUCCCAUCCGAUAGACGCGUCGUAGGAUCCGAGCGUGGAGUACCUCCACCUCACCCGUCCUUUUUCGCGGACGGCGCCGAAGAUCAACUCGAAGAGGAGCUACUCGCUCUAGAGCGUCGCAUAGACACCGAAUUCAAAAGCGCUGAUUAGACUCCGGCGCCGGAAUACGUUCAAUGUCUGUCUCUGUGCAUUACUUUUGCGUUUUGUUCACGGCUUUGUACUUCUUGGAUAGAUAAUCGAAACAAAAUCACUAUUAACGAAAACAAUACAUUUCAUCAAAGCUUCAUGUUAUUUAAUACCCUAUCGAUCAAUCGAGAAAUUAUAUUAAUUAAAUGUAUAAAAGAUAUAACUGUCAAAAGUUUUUUAAUAAAAAAUAUGAUAAUAAUGAGAUCGUCCAUUGGGCACGCCUGGUCGUGGUUUUAUGCUAAUGAAUUUUAAACGGGUCGUAUUUUAUGUAAUUUAGUGUUUUAUUCUAUUAAAUUUUAUUUUGUUUGUAUUAUAGUAAUGACGUCCCAUUGUAUUAUACAUUCAGAAACGCGCAGUAUUAUUAAAUACAUAUGUAUAUGGUCACAGGGAACUACUUAGCCGUGAACAAUUUAUUUAUUUAUAAUUUUAUUUUCUUGCCGAAUGAUUUAAGUACUUAAUUUUUUUAAACUGAAUGACAAUCAAAUUAUUAUUGGCAUGUUGAUUUAGAUUUUAUUUCUUCAUUUAUUUGUAUUAAUACCAUCACUUGCUUAUAAUUACGGAGUAAAGAUAUACGCAUCUUAUAAAAUUGACAUGUAAAAUUAACACUCUUUUGGUGGGCUCACACGGCCCAUCUGGUGUUAAGUGGUUACUGGAGCCCAUAGACAUCGACAAAGUAAAUGCCGCCCCAUCUUGAGACUUGAAUUCUAAGUUCCAGUCUGAUUAGUCUAAGGUCCGUCUGCAAUAUUGCUACAUUAUUAUAAUAAAUAUAAUUAACACUCCUUUAUGAACUAGAUACAGUCUAGCUAUGUAUGUAAAGGAAUGUUUUAAUUUAAUUUUCACAAAUCCAAAAACUAUAGAUUAACUUGAAUAUGUAUUUGCACAAAAGGACCGUUGACAAAACAAUAGUUUUAUAACAUUUGAUUAAUAAUAUCAGACCAGUAACGCGGGAAUUAAAAAAAUAAAAUUAAGCUUUUAUUUCAGUUUGUACUAAAGCGUCUUUUUUUUGUUUUUAAACUUAUAUUUUACUUAAUUGAAAAUAACUCCGAAUUGAUUUUUCUCUCGCUACACAGUAUAAAAAUAGCAGUAUUAAAAAUCUAAUCAAGCUUAAAAUUCCAAUAGUGUCUUGACAACGCAAGUGAUGGUAUUUAAAUAAAUUGUGCUCACAUUAUUACAAUAAAGACAUGCAAUUUAAUUUUAUGAAAUUUUUUAUAUGAUGUUUUAGAAUGUAUUAUUAUUCAAUUUUUAAUAGAGACGAUAUGAAAUAAUAUUAUGGAGUAUUCCGAACUCUGUUUAUUUAAAUUUUGUUUUAUCAAUGUGAUUCUAAAUGAUUUUAACACUAGACUACAAAUUACAGAUUUAUAUCGAAAAUGAUUUUAAAACUGGACAAAAAAAAAUUUUUUUUUUGAUUUUUGCUUUGAUUUCUGUCUCUGCGCUUACUUUUUUACUAACUUUACUAAAACCGUAGGAACACUCGAUAAAAAAAUAAUUGUAUCAUUGUGUAAUAGUAUCACCGACGUGCACAAAUUUAAAAAGAUCAAUAUACAGGGUGUAAAUAGUUCGUUCUGAAAUUCGAAGCCGGAUUAAAGUAAAUAACUGAAAACGAUAUUAUUUUAUUAAACCGACCAUAAAUACGUGAGGUAUUUAUUGAAUUUCUACGAAACCAUUUGCUGGAUAGUCUCGCUUUCCCCGGACAAGACAGUUUUCGCGCCUGCUUUUUUAAAAAAAACGUUGAAUUUCUAAUACAUUUUUUCCCCUACCUAAUCGUUGGUAGCUUAAGCAUCUAUUCCGACUGUGGACCGGUAGGGUGAGUGGGGAUAUGUAGGGGUAGGUGAGCUUUUUUUUAUUUAUUGCUCAAGUGGACGAGCCACGGCCCACCUGGUGAUAAGCGGUUACCGGAGUCCAUAGA